GAACUUUGCGUAGGCAAAGGAGCUGGUGUAUAUGAGCUGUGCAUAAAAACUGAUGAAGGUGAAGUCAGGUUGAGUUUAGAAGAUGUAUAUACGCUCUCUAGUAUCCUCUUCAAAAUGCUUCAAAAGAGAUUGACAGAGUUGCAUUCUUCAAAGCAUGAUGUCUCCACUAGGCGAUCUCUUGAAUUGGAAGAAUUAAAUCUAUUGAUAAGAUGUUGCAUGUUAACAUUGACAUUCUCUGUACCUCAAAAACAUCUUCUGGAAAGCGGACGAGUUCUUCUCUUAAUAUUGAAAAAGUUGACCUUGCUUGAAGUAGCAGGAGGAUGCCAUGGAAAUGCCGAUUCUAAGAAGUCACAUUCUUGUCAAUGCAUAUAUAGCGGUGGAAAUUCUUCUGAUUCCUUUGUGAAGUUUGCAACCUUAUCAUCCUUAGAACUCUUUGAUUCCUGCAUUCCUUCUAUUACACUAAUUCUUGAGGUGGUCAUUGAUGAACUUUUGUUGCAUGGUCGGUUGAGAAAGUAUUUGCAAAUGAUUGAUUCGUAUUCUCCUGUACAUGAACGUUUAUUUAAAGAAGGAACUAAUGGUGGUGACUUUGGAGUUAUGAUGGAUAUGAUAUGUUCUCACUUUUCACUAUCAAUCUCUGAUGAGGGGGCUCUUCAGGAAUUCCUUAAUAGAAUAACACGGGUUCAUUUUACUAAUUCUAAGUCCUUAGAACUGAGUGUCAUUGCAGCCAGGACAUUGUUGCAUAACCCUGUUCUGCUUUCUUCACCCAAAUUAAUUCAGGCUCAUGUUGUUUCAUUGGUUUCUAAUGUAAUCAGUAUCGGCAUGGACAACGAAAGGCUGACACCUGAUCCUAAACUUGUUGAUUGCUGUCUUUCAGUGUUUGAAAGCUCUGUUAGAUUGUACACACAACACAUGUCCAUAUUGAAAACCAAGAACCAUUCAGCAGAUUCUAGGGCUACAUUGGUCAGCAUGCAGAAUAAAAGUUCCGAGCCUUCGUUUGAUUAUUGUACUGAUCCCACUAAAAGGAAGAAACUCAAUCAGAAGAUAACAACAUUCAAUGACUCAUGGAAUUCAAGUUUAAGGAGAAAGUUAUUUAAAAAUAAGUCUAACCUCUUAGCAUCCUCUUUUAAAUAUAUACAGGAUAGCUGUAUAAUUGACAGAGCAUGCAAACAUGAGAUUGUAGAAUUCAUGAAGUGCAUCUUAGUGAGAGCUGCUAACGAUGUUAAUGAUAUUGAACUGCCUCUUAAUGGUGAUGCCAGUCUACAAGAUAUAUGCCUUUUAGCGUCUUUGCUGAUGUUAAUGAGUAUAUCGUUGAGACAAUCCUUAAAGAAUCUCUCGUUCAGCAAGCAAUAUAAUUCUAUUGUGAGAAUAAUCAACUGUUUCAAAGAUUUCAGUGUCCGUCUUCCAAUCCAAGUUUUUGCCUACAACAUCAUGGAAACAAAUCCGACGAGUCAUAAUGAGUCAAGGAUGAUGCUUUUCCAUUUCCUAGGGUUGCUGUCGUUGAGUUUUGAUAGUGGACUUGACUUUUUAGUAAAUGGUUGCAUCUCUGUGAUAAUUGGUUUGACUGAUCUAUUUUUCAUUGAAGAAGAUAAUAUAGAUGCCUUGAGGUCAUUAGCAAUAAAAGGAUCUCCUACCAUUAAACAAGAGGCUCAGGUAUUCCGACACCCUACGCUACGGGUGGCUGCUAAAUUCCAGAAGAUACAGAAGUUAUAUCUGAGCAAUGAUUCUGCUGCGAUUGGUUCCACACCAACAGAAAAUGUGGAAACUGAAAACUUAUCAACCACAUUAGUUCCAUUUAGUAUGAGGCGUGUUACUAGCACAGUAGAAACUUGUAAUGGAGAGUUAUACCUCAAAAACAUAUUAAAAGGGUCAAGUAAGAUGACUGAUUUGGAUGAUCUCGCUGAUUUUGUGGAGUGCACAAAGGGAAAGGAGUAUGAUGAUUGGUUAAAAGGCCGGGCUAAAUUCCGGAAGUGGAUAAAAGGGAAAUGGGAGAUACAUGGUUGGGAGAGGAAGAAGCGAGCAUGGAGAUCAAUGAGUAGGAAUACACGUUUUCGUUCGAAGCAUCAUAUUUAAGAUGUAUCGAUUUCAUGUAUGGGUCAUUGCCAACUGUCAAGCUUUGGCAUACUUCCGUCGUCAUCAAGUAUAUUGUUAGUCUGUCUCUUUGGAUUUACUAAAGUAAAAAUAGUAUAGUGUAGUGUCUCUUUUAGUAUGAUAACAUCAUAUGUGGAAAAUUGUAGCAGGUUCAUAGAGGUAGUCUUGAUGAGCAUUGUAAACUAGUUUUGGUAUUAUGGUAAUGGUAUUAGUCUGUAUUAUUUAA